AUGGGUAUUUUGAUAACUAAAGACACAAGAAGAAUAAGUUUUGUCAAUACCAUUGAAAUAAAUCCAGCAUUAUUAGUUGAAAAAUCAAUUGAAGACCAAGAUUCUUUUGUGCAGAAUAAUUUAGAAGUUGACUGCACUGAUGAACUAGCAUUUGAUGAAAUAAUUCCGUGUAAAGAAAUUCAAGAUGAAGAACAAAAAUAUUGGUCGGGAAGAAUUGAAAGUUUAAAGAAUGAACACCAAAUGAUUACCAAAAUUAUAGAGGCUGAAUAUGAAAAGACAAUUGAAAAUACUAACAAGUUAUACGAAGAACCUAUUAUAACAGAAGAGAAAAUAGAAAAAAUUAAACCGUGCUAUAAUUGGCGCACAAAGGCACCUGAUAUAAAUGACUUCACUAUAAUUAAACCUAUUAGUCGUGGUGCAUUUGGAAAAGUUUUUCUUGCACACAAGAAGAACAAUGCUGAACAAAUGUUUGCAAUAAAAGUAAUGAAGAAAUCUGACAUGAUAAAUAAAAAUAUGGUCACACAAGUUGUUACUGAGAGAAAUGCUUUAGCUUUAUCAAGGAGUCCAUUUUGUGUCCAUUUAUUUUAUUCAUUACAAUCAGCAUCGUCUGUUUACUUGGUGAUGGAAUAUAUGAUUGGAGGUGAUUUGAAAUCACUCUUAGGUGUUUAUGGCUUUCUAGAGGAAUCAAUGGCAGUAUUUUAUAUAGCUGAAGUAACAUUAGCACUGGACUAUUUACAUAAACAUAAUAUAGUCCAUAGAGACUUAAAACCAGAUAAUAUGUUGAUAUCCAAGUCGGGUCAUGUGAAGUUGACAGACUUUGGUUUGUCCAAGAUUGAAAUACACCGAGAUUUGGAGAUAUCAGAUUUUGUUAAUCAUACACCAAGUUUGAAUAUGAGAACUCCCGGACAACUGCUAUCACUAACAUCUCACCUCUCAUUUGGUUCGGGAGGUGGCGACAGCACCCACAACUCUGUAGCAGAUGCGUGUGAGAACCUUCUUGAUGCACUUAAAGAGAGCAGUAAAUUAAAAGAUAUAUGUGAAGUUAAUGGAUUGGAUAAUUCACCAUUAGUGGAUAAUUCACAGUUGUCAGGAAUCCAUCCAUUUAUGAGCGCUGAGAGUAUUCACUUGGAGGAAAUAGUUUUUCCAGAUUCAGGUUCAGAGUCUGUAAGUUCCUACCACACUUGUGAAAGUUCUAGAAACAGCACUAACUCUAGAAGUAACAAGUCAACAGACAUAAGUAGUAACAAUGCCUCCUCAGUGACUGACUCACAACAUGAUGAAUCUACGUCCCCACUAUGCAGAGGGCAAUCAUUAAAAAGGAUACCGAGUUUCCGGGCGAAAAAAAGAAAAAGAAUACUAGACUGUGAUGGAGAUACACCAACUGGUGUGACAAGUCUUUUGGAAUGCAAAGAGAACUGCAGUGGGCUUACUCAAGAGAUUAUGGCUUUAGAACUCAGUCAAAAUACGCCGAAACGAAUGGCAAUACAUCCUACACCUGAAAGACGGAAAAAUCCUAUAAAAGGUGUUUUAAAGAAAAGAUGGGUGUCACAGGAUGAUUGUCAUCAUUAUAAUGUAGGUGUAAUAUUUUCAACGCCCGUAUCAAACAGUAAGAUGCCCGACCGUAAGAAGAUGCAAAAGGCGACUCGGUUUAAUUUGCCCACAGAUGAACCUAUGUCCGGUACAAAGGACAAAUCAUUUACAUUUAGUAAACAUGUUUCAACAAGUUUGGAGAUUUUUCCUUUGAGAAGGUUGAGUAAGGAGGAUGGGGACAGAUCGCCAACAGAUCUAUGCAAGACCCCCAUAGCGACAGCGCACACGCCGUACCGAACCCCAAAGAGUGUGCGACGCGGCAACCAGUCCGACCAAGUCAUAUUGGGUACACCAGAUUACUUGGCACCUGAACUACUCUUAAGACAGGGUCACGGAUGUCCAGUAGAUUGGUGGGCUCUCGGAGUGUGUCUCUAUGAAUUCAUGACGGGUGUGCCGCCAUUUAACGAUGAAACCCCUCAAGCAGUAUUCAAUAACAUAUUAUGUAGAAACAUAGAAUGGCCGGAAGCAGACGAGGCGUUGUCGAGUGAGGCUGUGGGUGCGAUAGAGGCGCUCCUUACAAUGGAGCCGUCAGAGCGGCCGGCGGCUAAAGAAGUUAGAGCCAUGCCACUCUUCAGGCACGUGGACUGGGACCAUCAGCUCGAAAUGCAGCCGCCCUUCGUACCCAACCCUGAUGAUAUACAGGAUACAGGAUAUUUUCAAGCGCGCAACAUAUUGCAACAGCUGCAAGUAUCCAAUUUCGAUAUGUGAGAAAACUGUGGCGUAUCUCAAAAACAUUCUUAUAUUAAAUGUGAUAAUUAUUACUAGAUAAGUUUUGUUUUCAACUGUUAUAUCACAGUUUAUAUCCUUAUAAUUUAUAACAACUAGAAAUAAUAACCUUUAUGUAAUGUGCCUUAAUAAUCGUUGCCAUAU